AUGAAUUCUUUAAAUAAAUUCAGUAAAAUAAAAUACUCAGUUGUGUCAACAGUUAGCAGGCGGAAUAUUUAUACAGAAAUAAGUAAAGUUGAUGAUUAUUUAAAAAAAGUAAACUCAGGGAAGUUGGUUGUUGCUCAGUUCGGAGCUUCUUGGUGUGCGCCUUGUAAAAAAAUGAAACCAAUAAUUAAAAAACUAGGUGAAAACAAUGAAAAUAUUGAAUCGUUAUACAUAGACAUUGAUGAACUUCCCGAACUAGGAGAAAACGAAGAUAUAAAUGAGCUACCCACUUUUUUAUUGAGAAAAAAUGGGAAAUAUUUGGAUAAAAUAAUUGGAAUGAAUGAGGAAGAGCUGACAAAAUCGGUUGAGAAGCAUCAAAGCGAUUGA